GCAGUCAUCAGUGCUGUCACCGCGUCUCGCGCUUCUCUCUGGCGCUGCUGUGUGUGGAUGUGGAAUGAUCCAGGAGAGAUGAAGAAUGUUUUUGGGUGGGACGUGUUUGCUCUGAACCCCUGACUGAGCCGGCCCACGGGCUGCGGCGGAUAUCAGGUGAGUCUCUUAUGAUGCAGACAGACGACCGCAGGAGGAAGAAACACAGUUUAAACUCCAGAAGCGUAUCGGAGGAAUACUGUCUGCGUGACCGGCCAAAAGAAGACACCACAAAGAUGAAGAAUAAAGUGUCCACUUCACAAGUGAGCAGCAGGAAGAAGCCGUGGUCCUGGGAUCAGUAUCUGGAGGAUGAGAGAGCCGUUGCUGCACCUCUGCAGCUUUUCAAUGAGUUCCAGACGUUUCCCAGCAGCAGGAAUGGAUUUAAAGUUGGAAUGAGGUUGGAGGGCAUCGAUCCUUUACAUCCGUCCAUGUUCUGUGUGCUGUCUGUGGCUGAGGUGAUUGGUUUUCGUUUGCGCCUUCACGUUGAUGGUUACUCGGAGUGCUAUGACUUGUGGGUAAACUCUGACUCUCCCGGCAUCAAACCUGCUGGCUGGUGUGAAUCGACGGGGCAUAAACUUCAUCCACCUAAAGGUUAUAAGCCGAAUGAGUUCAGGUGGGAGAACUAUCUGGAGAGUCUAAAUGCUCAAGCGGCACCAAAGAAUCUGUUCAAAACCCAAAACAGUAUCAGCGGCUCAUCCAGCGCUUUUCAGGUGGGAAUGAAGUUAGAAGCGGUGGACCGGAAGAACCCGUGUCUGGUGUGUGUGGCCACGGUGGCUGAUAUCGUGGAUAAUCAGUUUCUGGUUCAUUUUGACAACUGGGACGACACUUACGAUUACUGGUGUGAUGCGAGCAGUCCUUAUAUUCAUCCUGUUGGCUGGUGUCAGGAUCAGGGACGACCUCUAACGGCACCUCAGGGACAUCCUAAUCCAGAGAAUUUCAUUUGGGAGGAAUACAUGACAGAGACCUCCACAUGCGCUGCUCCCAGUCAAGCGUUCUCUUUGAGAGCUGCACACGGGUUUCAGGUGCACAUGAAGUUGGAGGCAGUAGACAGAAGGAACCCCAUGAUGAUCCGUGUGGCUACAGUGACAGACACUGAGGAUUUCAGAGUGAAACUGCAUUUUGAUGGCUGGCAUGAGAGGUUUGAUUUCUGGGUGGAUUCAGAUCUGCCAGAUCUUCAUCCUGUGGGCUGGUGUGCCAGGACGGGUCACCCGCUAGAACCUCCUCCCACAGACGCUGGUGUCUGUGAGCAGAAGAGUUCUGUUGCUCAGGGUGUGUGUCCCACUCCGGGCUGCAGGGGCAUCGGCCACAUCAAAGGAGCAAAAUACACAGGACACCACAGUGCCUUCGGUUGCCCAUACUCAGACAUGAAUAUGAAGAAAGAGGUGGUGCUGCCUGAUCGUCUCGGAGGAGAGAAGCAAAUCACCUUCAUCCCUGUGCAGUUUGUACAGAAGACCAAACGUCUGUGUCCAGAUGAGGAGGAGGAGGAAGAUGAUGAUGAAAAGAUUGACAAUACUCAUGUGGAGAACAGGGGGAUGUUAGCGGGCUAUGAAGGGACUCCUCGUCUGCGGGGUCGACCCCCGAUUGUGAAGAGAGAACAGAAGGAAGAGACGUCGACUGAAGGGCUGAACAUUCUGUCAGCGCUGGGGAAGAGAAGCCAUGUACCCAGCAGAUUUGCCCAGUCAGCAAAGUAUCUGCGUAUCAAAGAUGAAGAAGAAGACAUGGAGGUGGACAGCGUGAUUUCAGCAGGUGAUGUUCAUGAGUUUAAUCUGAGAUCCUUCUCCGGGUUUAAAUAGUCAUGUGUGUCCUCACAACAGUUCUCACACCAUCAGCGCUGACGUAUGUUGAAGUGUUAUGAUGUCAAACACAUGUCAUAUAUACAGCAUCAGAUGCACUGCAGUCACAUGAUGAAGACCAUAAAGACGAAGAAGAAGAUGAUGAUGAUGAUGAUGAUGAUGAUGAAGAAGAAGACGAUGAUGAUGAUGUUCUGCACUGAACACAUCUGACAGAUCAUCUGAGUGAAGUGUGUCAGUAGACUUAUGUCUCAGUCUGUUUUUCAGAGUCUGUUCACAGAAGCAUAUUUGAUCUUCACUUGUGUUGGAGAAACUGUUGAUAUGACUCAACAUAGUCUGCAUGUGUUGUGUCAUUAGAUUUCGAGAGAUGACAUUGUGAAAGAUCUCUGUGGCUCAGACUGAUGUGUGAUGUGUGGACUGUAGACAGUAAAUCUCUAAAUAUUUGCAGCCCGUGUUGUCUCUUUUCAGAGGAAAUAAAUAUUCGUCAUGCGUCAGUGUUGUCCAGCUCCUUCUUCAUUCUGGUAUAUCUCUGUGUUGUCAUGGUAACAGUGGAGGAUGUUCUUCUUGAACUCAAGUGGCCUACAGUUGUGACGUAGUGUACUUCACUAACUAGUGCUCAUCAGCAGGGCUUAAAUGUCAUCAUCAUCCUGUUGAGCCUUAAUCCCCAUAGUUACUGUUGCUAGGUUCAUCUUGUGCUUGUUUUACCAAAGAGAGAGAGAGACAAGUAUUCAAGUUGAGAGAUAUCAUUAAAGAAUGAUCAAAGAAAACUUCAUGACACAUCAAAUCAUGUCCCUUUGAUUGAGAGUCAGAUAUUUACAUUUACAGUUGUGUUCAAAAUUAUUCAACCCCCAAUGCUGUAAAUGGUUUUAGGGAAUUUAGUGUACAUUUGUAAUUGUAUUCAGAAUGAAAUCCUACAAGGACUUCUUAAAGAACCAUAUGCAACUAAAAUGACAUCAAUUAGUUUUGUAAUACAGUAGUAAAUGAUUCUUUUGUGAAUUCUUCAUUGACAUAAUUAUUCAACCCCUUAAAGACUACCACUCUGAAGAACAGAGGUUCAAUGAAGUGUUUUCAAUCAGGUAUUGAAAACACCUGUGGAUAUCAGGGAGCAGCAAUAAAGCCUAAUAAGCACCAAUUAGGCAGCUUUAAAAUGACUGUGAUACUCAGCUCCUUCUAGACAUUUACUGGUGUGGUUACAAACAUGGUGAGGUCAAGAGAAUGGUCCAGGAAGACAAGAGAACAGGUGAUUACUCUUCACAUGAAGGGCAAUGGCUAUAAGAAGAUUGCAAAGAUGUUAAACAUACCAAGAGACACCAUAGGAAGCAUCAUUCGCAAAUUCAGGGCAAAGGGCACUGUUGAAACGCUACCUGGUCGUGGCAGAAAGAGGAUGCUGACUUCGACUGCUGUGCGCUACCUGAAGCGUAGAGUGGAGAAAAGUCCCCGUGUGACUGCUGAGGAACUGAGAAAAGAUUUGUCAGAUGUGGGUACUGAAGUUUCUGCUCAGACAAUACGGCGCACCCUGCGUAAUGAAGGCCUCCAUGCCAGAACUCCCAGGCGCACCCCCCUGCUGUCCCCAAAGAAUAAGAAGAGUCGACUGCAGUAUGCCAAAAGUCAUGUGGACACACCUUGCCUACUGUGAAGCAUGGCGGGGGGUCAAUCAUGCUUUGGGGCUGUUUUGCUUCUGCAGGUACUGGGAAGCUUCAGCGUGUGCAAGGUACCAUGAAUUCUCUUCAGUACCAGGAGAUAUUGGAUGACAAUGUGAUGCAGUCCGUCACAAACCUGAGGCUUGGAAGACGUUGGACCUUUCAACAGGACAAUGAUCCCAAGCAUACCUCCAAGUCCACUAGAGCAUGGUUGCAGAUU